AAAUUAGGAGCUAGUAUGGUGUACCCGGCAUAUAUGCCGGGUCACUCACACACUCGCGGAUCCGAAACUUCCAGUCCUAAAGAUGCGCAAUUGCGGAGAAAAGGUGUGUGUUGAUUCUUUUAUUAUCGUGUUUUACCCUCCCCCCGAGAGAAUUGUAUUUUGGUUACCGUCUUUUCUUUAUCAGAAGAAACUAAGCAGAAAUUGAAGGGUUCCGUGUUUACACGUUUCUUUCGCAGUUGUAUAUAAUAAUAAAGUCGUGUUUACACGUUUCGCAGUUGAAGGGUUCCGUGUUACUUCAGCUUCGUAAUUUUCAGUCAUUCAUUUGAAAGCAGAUCUACAACAUAUCCUUAAACAAAAUUAUAAUAAAGUUUCGAUUUUUUGGGCGUUGUUGGGUAGAGGGAAGUCUUUUUUAGUUUGUUUCUAAAUUGGGUUUCGAAAUCCUAUAUUGGAUUUAUUUGGGUUAUUUGGCGAUCGAAGCAAAGUUUAAGAUUUAUGGCAGUAGAAAUAAUUUUUGAAGUUGAAGCAUUUGGAGGUGCAGUUAAGAAAGUGGUCAAUCUUAAACACCUCGGAUCCAGACUAAAUCAUAUAUUGCUUUUGUUCAACGAUGAUACAAAGCGAUUAGAUCUCCCAAAAAAGAAUACAAAGCGCUCGAAAGAAGACGUGAAAAAGCGUGAGAAGCAAGUUCGCAAGUGCUCGAAAAGCCGGUGGUGCCGCUGUUUUAGAGCCUGUUGCCCCCCCGAACUUUGCGAGUCGGACGAGGACAUCGCAAGGUCCUGUGAGGAUGAUACGGAAGCAAAUAGCACAAGGAAUCAUGGGACCGAGAUUUCGGUAAACUUGAAUAUUAUUGAAGAAGAAAAGGAUUCGAACUGGGACAGACCAAGGGCAUUUUGUGCGGUUCGUAGACCCCCGAUUUUUACGGUGGGGUUUGAUAUGCCAAUGAAGGAGUUGAAGGCACUGCUGUUGAAGGAGGAGGUGCAUCAGCUUCUAUUGACUGCUCCUGCUGGAUGUGGGAAGACCACAUUGGUCCAAAUGCUCUGUCAGGAUGAGAAAAUUAAAGGCAUGUUUGCGAACAAUAUUCUCUUUGUCAACGUUUCUAAAACUCCCAAUGUGAAGGUCAUUGUACAAAACCUAUUUAGUUAUAAGGGUAUUAAGCCUACGUAUCAAAUUCAAAGUGAUGAAGAUGCAAUCUGCCAGCUACCACAAAUGUUGAGUCAUAUUGGACCUAGUCCUAUAUUGUUGAUCCUGGAUGAUGUCUGGUUUGGAUCAGAAUUCCUUCUUGAAAAGUUUAAGUUUAAUAUUCCAAACUACAAGAUUUUGGUUACUUCAAGAACUGCAUUUCCAAGAUUUAAACAUACAUAUAACUUGAAACAACUAAAUGAUGUGGAUGCAAUGACUCUUUUUUAUCACUCAGCAUUCCUACAAGAUGAGAGCUCUUAUAUUCCAGAAGAAGAUAUCAAAAAGAUAGUAAGAGGUUGUGGGGGGUUUCCAUUGGUCCUUAAAAUGAUUGGUGGUUCACUGUGUGGGCAACAUGCAGUGGUAUGGCAUAGUAGACUUUUGAAAUGGUCUGAAGGUCAUUUUUUUUUCAAUUCUGAUACUGAGUUGCUUCCUCAUCUUCAAAAAAGCCUAGAAUUUCCAGAUGACAAGAUCAUUAUCAAAGAGUGCUUCAUGGACCUUGGUUCAUUUCAUGCAGAACAAAGGAUCUCUGCUGCUAUCCUUAUUGAUAUGUGGGCAGAAUUAUAUGAACUAGAUGAAGAUGGAAUCCACUCGAUUGCCAAUUUGCAAGAACUCACCAUUCGAAAUCUGGCUAACCUUGAGAUGACAAGGAAAGAUGCAAGUGAGGUCAAGAGCUAUUACAAUGAAGACUUUGUCACACAACAUAAUAUUCUUAGAGAGCUUGCUCUGCAUCAAAGUAGCCAGGAGCCUAUAGGACAAAGGAAAAGACUGAUUAUGAACAUAAGUGGAAGCAAUCUACCAAAGUGGUGGAUGGAACAGAAACAACAACCCAUCAAUGCACGCUUAUUAUCCAUCUCAACUGAUGAAUCAUUCUUGGGGAGUUGGUGCAACAUUCAAGCACCUAAAGUUGAGGUUUUAGUUCUAAAUUUUCAAACAAAGAAUUACACCUUACCUGAAUUUGUGGAGAAAGCAAAUGAACUCAAGGUUUUGAUAGUCAGUAAUUGUGGUUUCUUUCAUGCUGAAAUAAAAAAUUUUCAACUGCUCUGGUCUCUACCUAAUUUAAAGAGAAUUAGGUUGGAGAAGAUUUCAAUUUCUUCCCUUUGCAAGACCCUUGUACCAUUGAAGAGUUUAAGAAAAAUAUCAUUAUUUAUGUGCAAUAUUGGUACUACUUUUGAGAAUUGUACCAUCCAGGGUUCAUAUGCAUUGCCAAAUCUAAAAGAGAUAAACAUUGACUAUUGCAAUGAUCUAGUAGAACUACCUGUUGGGUUGUGUGACAUUGUUCGCCUAAAAAAACUCUACAUCACCAACUGUCAUAAGUUGUCUAUACUGCCUAAAGGUAUUGGAAAGCUAGUGAAUUUAGAAGUGUUAAGGAUUAGGUCUUGUACUGAUUUGUCAGAGUUGCCAGAGUCAAUUAGAAGCCUCCAUAAGUUAAGCAUUCUUGACAUAUCUGAUUGCCUAAGCAUUAGCAAGUUGCCAAAAUACAUUGGUGAGUUGUGUAAUUUAAAAGUGCUUAACAUGAAAGGAUGCUUGAGAUUAUGUAAUCCAUUGCCAGAAUCAACAAUAGAUCUUAAGCAAUUAAUGAUUGUGGUAUGUGACGAAGAGAGGGCCAAGUUAUGGGAGCCUAUCAAGGACGUCCUCACCAAGCUUAACAUUGAGGUGGCUAAGAAAGAUAUCAACUUGAAUUGGCUUCUCAAGUAGAACUUUUGAGAACCUUCAUUCAAAGAUACAAUAUUGAGUCACCUGGCCUUAAAUAUGUACAACUUUAUUUAAAUGGAAUUAUGGUGAUAACCAUAUGGAUUUAGCAAUUCAUAUGAUUUCUUUUUAUUUUUUAUUUACAAAUUAUUUGGAAUUUGUAACAAUUCACUCUUUGCCCUAUGUAUAUCAAAUGUGCAAUAUAUUAUAAUUCA